AUGGGCAAUUGCUUUUCCGGCGGUGGCCAUAGUCAAUUUGCAGUUGGAGGCACUUCUUCUGCUCUCGAUACGCAUGGUUCUAACGACGCCGUCGACGGGUUUCUCAAAUCUAGCGGCUACCGUGGCCUCUUCUCUCAGAUCGAGCUAUCCUUAUCUGCUUCAGACUUGCGUGACAGGGAUGUGCUUUCCAAGAGUGAUCCUAUGGCAAUUGUAUAUACCAAAGGAAGAGAUGGUUCUUUGCAGGAGCUUGGACGAACAGAAGUUGUUCUAAAUUCAUUAAAUCCCAAAUGGAUCACAAAAAUUAAAAUUACUUAUUAUUUUGAGAUGGUUCAAACACUUUUGUUCCGUGUCUAUGAUGUUGACACUCAGUUUCAUAGCCCAGACAUAAAGACACUUAAGUUAGAUGAUCAGCAAUAUUUGGGUGAGGCCACUUGUGCAUUGUCUCAGAUAGUGGCUAAUUCAAAGCGCGUGUGCACCUUAGAGCUUGUGAACAUUGCCGAGUCUGCUGAGUCGACUCAUAAAAAACUUGGACAGCUCACCAUUCACGCAGAAGAAGAAGUUGUCUCCAAAACUACAGCAGAGUUGAUAUUAAAGUGCACAGAUUUAGAAAACAAGGAUUUUUUCUCCAAAAGUGACCCUUUUCUAGUAAUUUCAAAAUACACAGAGAGUGGGACUACAGUUCCAAUUUGCAGAACAGAGGUUCUCAAAAACAACCUAAAACCUACCUGGAAACCGAUUUUUUUGAACAUUUCACAAGUUGGCAGUAAGGACAGUCCACUGGUUAUUGAGUGCUUUAAUUUUAAUGGUAAUGGAAAGCAUGAUUUGCUUGGGCGAGUUCAAAAGUCACUUGCGGAUUUAGAGAAGUUAUCUUCUAAUGGGAUUGGAGAGAAGUUGUUUAUACCCGUUACUGUUGGAAAAGAUUCUCAAACAAAGGUACUAAAGAGUCAACUUUUUGUGGAGAAAUUCUGUGAAAGUGUUCAUCAUUCCUUCCUGGAUUACUUGUCUGGUGGAUGUGAAUUAAACUUCAUGGUGGCCAUUGAUUUCACAGCUUCAAAUGGAAACCCUCGCCUCCCCGAUUCCUUACAUUACAUUGACCAUUCUGGACGUCCAAACGCAUAUCAGAAAGCAAUACAAGAGGUUGGAGAUGUACUGCAGUAUUAUGAUUAUGACAAGCUGUUUCCUUCAUGGGGAUUUGGAGCACGCCCAAUUGAUGGUCCUGUCAAUCAUUGUUUUAACCUAAACGGAAGCAGUGCCAACCCAACUGUGUCAGGGAUCCCGGGAAUUAUGAUGGCAUAUGAAAGUGCACUGUCUAACGUUUCACUUGCAGGGCCAACCCUAUUUGGACCUGUAAUUAUUGCUGCAGCAAAUAUUGCGAGUCAAUCAAUGGCAGCUAAUGAACACAAGUAUUUCGUUUUAUUAAUAAUCACGGAUGGAGUGAUAACCGAUAUACAGGAAACAAAAUAUGCCCUUGUCAAGGCAUCCAAUCUGCCAUUGUCGAUCCUUAUUGUUGGUGUUGGUGGAGCUGACUUUAAGGAGAUGGAGAUAUUGGAUGCGGAUAAAGGCGAGAAACUUGAAAGCUCAACAGGUCAAUUUGCAUCACGUGAUAUUGUCCAGUUUGUUCCAUUUAGGGAUGUACAAGGUGGAGGGAUUUCGGUUGUUCAAUCGCUCUUGGCAGAACUACCUUCACAAUUCUUAACUUACAUGAGAAACAAUGGCAUUCAACCAACACCACCACCUACAACACCAACACUGUUAUCAAUUUCAAGAGGUAGACGAAGCCACAAUUAUAUGCAUUUGUACUUGUCCCUAAUUUCAAUUUUAUACGUCAUAUCUUUGAUUAUGUAAUCUAAAAAAACAUAUAAAUAUAAUAAGCAUUAACCUAUAUGUUUCAAUUAUUGUGUGCUAUUUUUUUUCCUGUUUAAACAUUGAAUGCGAUUAAGCUCUCAAUAUAUACAACAAACAAAAUUAUAUGUAACCUAGAUACAGAUAGCGAUAGAGUAUCCAGUUUCCAUCAAGUGGCCCA